UAGGCUGGAAGAAGAAGCAUGAGACAUCAUCUCAUUCAUUCGUAUCAGUCUGUGAGAAAUUAAUUUAUACUAAAGUUUAAAGUUAAUAACAAAAAAGCGCUGCGCUCGGAAGCAAAGAAUAACACUUCAACCAAAAACAAAAAUUACCCUAAAGUUGAAGUAAAUUGUUGUUUUUGGACGGCUAAACAAUUACAAAAUUUUCUAACUAUUUUUGCUCACGACGACGUACAAAUACAAGACGAAACGAAGAGUAACAAAUUACGUAGAAAGAAAAAAAGUUUUCCAAACAAUAAUUUAUUACAAAGCCAGCCAACAAAUAAUACACAAAAUAAACGAGUGAAUAGCUAUUUUUUCUACCAUUUAAUAAAUUCAGAAAAAAAACAAGUUUUCUCUAACUUGCUAAGCAGAGAACGGAAAAAAUAUAUAUUUUGUAUACGACGAUUUUCUUCUGAUGGUGGAUACUGGCCGAACAAGAACCCUUGAAAAUUGAUUUUCCCCAACCAGCCAUCUAACAGCUGUAAUAUCGUUGUCGUACCGAGGAAAAAAAGUGCAGAAAAAUAAAUAUAAUACAUAUGUAUAUAUAAAGAGUGUGUGUGUGAGUGCGUGUGUUUAUGUGUUUCGCCGUUGACGUCUAUUCGUCUCUGUAUAUAACUUGAGCUGUGGUGCAUUUGUUUGUUUGCUAAGCUCUGCCAAUUAAAAAAAGCAAAGAAAAUUCCACUUUAUUAGACACAAAGGCUCCUAGUGUGGCAAACUUCUUGGGUAAUACAAAAAAAGUAGUUGCCAAAUAAAAAAGAAUUUUAGUGUUUUUAUUAACAGAAAUUGAGAAUAUUUAAAAAGAUCCAACAAUAACAAACAAGUUUGUGGAAUAUUAAGUUGCUGCUGCCGUUUGCGCCGCUGUCUGCUUCUCCGCCAACCAUUGUAAUUUUCAGUCAUAUGCAAUGAAUAUUGUCGGCGAUUAUGAGUAUAGUUCGAAGGAUAUGCUGGGCCAUGGCGCCUUUGCCGUUGUCUACAAAGGACGUCAUCGCAAGAAACAUUUCCCGGUCGCCAUAAAAUGCAUUACUAAAAAAGGUCUAAUAAAAACCCAAAACCUUUUGGGCAAGGAAAUUAAAAUUCUCAAAGAAUUGACAGAGCUGCAUCAUGAAAAUGUGGUGGCUUUGCUGGACUGCAAGGAGUCACAGGAUUGUGUCAAUUUGGUCAUGGAGUAUUGCAAUGGCGGCGAUUUGGCUGAUUAUUUAAGUGUCAAGGGUACUCUGAGCGAGGACACGGUGAGGUUAUUUCUGAUUCAAUUAGCUGGUGCCAUGAAAGCUUUGUAUACCAAAGGAAUUGUCCAUCGGGAUCUGAAACCACAAAAUAUUCUACUAUCGCACAACUAUGGCAAAACACUGCCAGCACCAUCGAAAAUCACAUUGAAAAUAGCUGACUUUGGCUUUGCUCGUUUCCUUAAUGAGGGUGUUAUGGCAGCCACCCUGUGUGGAUCUCCCAUGUAUAUGGCUCCCGAGGUGAUAAUGUCUUUGCAAUACGAUGCUAAGGCCGAUUUGUGGUCUCUGGGUACCAUUGUCUAUCAAUGUCUUACGGGCAAAGCUCCCUUCUAUGCACAAACCCCGAAUGAAUUGAAAUUCUAUUAUGAACAAAAUGCUAAUUUAGCACCUAAAAUACCCAACGGAGUGUCACCCGAAUUACGUGAUUUGUUAUUGUGCCUGUUGCGGCGCAAUGCCAAGGACAGAAUUUCGUUUGAAAGUUUUUUCAAUCAUCGUUUCUUGCAGGGCAAAAAAGCGGCCACAUCACCAGCGGAUAUACCAGCUUCAUUGGCUAUGGGUACUACGCCACCAACCAAAGCGAAAAGUCCAUUACAGCAACAGCUUGAACAACAACAGCAGCUGCAACAGCAACAUAUACAACAGCAGUUACAGCAACAGAAACAGCAGCAGCAACAACACCAGCUACAGCAUCAGCGUUCCGAUGCCGAUGAUGAUCUUCAGGAUGAAAAUGCUGUUUCUGUGGUAGAAAAUCCCGCCAUAUGUGCCACCAUUACCAAUGUCGGCAUUUUAUGCGAAAGUGAAAAUAAUACCGAAGAUUCCUCGGGAUCCCAUGAGGAUUCCGAUGAUUUCGUAUUGGUACCCAAAAAUCUUCCAGAAGAUCAAAAUGUUAUAGACUAUGAAAAGAAGCAUUCCAAUAAACAACAGACUGCAGACAAAAAUGCAGCCGGUCAAAAUCAAUCCAGUCCUCCAAGACCUAGUACUUUACCAAUUUCAGAACCCAAACCCGUACCGGCUCCGGUGCGUCGUUACUCGUCGAAUAACACAAAUGUGGCAGCCGGCACCUCACCCAUAGAUAAGAAUCAUGUACGUUAUAGGGCCGACAGUGAUCAAGUGUCAUCGCCAAAACUCUCCACAACGGCACCGGUGGCGGCAGCAGCAGCAGCAGCAGCAUCGGCAGCCCAACCCAUACCCCGUUCUCAGCCCAUCAGUGUAAAACAGAGACCAGAUCAUCGCAAGAGCAGUGUCAGCAGUGAUAUUAACUCCAUUUCACCACCGGCGGUGCAAUUUGCCAUUGGCACCCCACCACAGGGACGGCAUCGUUCCACCUCGGGCGGUUCGCUGUCAGAGACACCACCCCCCUCGGCCCCAUGCACCUGGCAGGUCAGUCCAGGUGGUCAAACCCAAUCGCCUCUCAGACGCUCCGGACAUAGUUCACCCGUGCUUCCGUCCGCUCUAACUAAACUACCCACAUUGGGCAGUCCCACCUUGAUGGUGGCACCCGGUUCGGUGGGUUCAUUGGGUUCCGGUGGCAAUGGCUCAUCGUCGGAGAACAACAAUCAACAUCCAAUGCUGGGACCACGGGCAUUCACCCUACCCGAGCUGGGCGCCACCGGUGGUCUACAAAGUCUCUUGGACACAAAUGCCGCUGGCGGUGUUGGUGGCAAUUCAUCCGAUGUCCAUCAUCAUUUGCAUGCAUUCCAUGCUCCCGAACUGUCGGAGGAAACUCUAAUGGAUCGUGAACACAAUGAAACUUUGUCUAAAUUGAAUUUUGUCUUGGCCCUCACCGAUUGUAUACAAGAAGUGGCCGACUCACGAUGUGCACCGUUGUCGGCCUUAAUGGCGGCCGCCUCAAAUGAUCAGCCACAAAUCCCACCGCAUGCCCCGGAACACUGUAAGAGGGCGGAACGUUUGGUAUUGCUGGUAAGAGCAUUGCAGCUAUUGUCAUCCGGCUUGAAUUUGGCCUCUCAGCAAUUGAGGAGUGGCAAUUUGAAGCCCUCGUCGAAUGUUAAGAAUGCUCUGCUUACCAUGAACUCCAAAUACCGCAGCAUUUUAUUUGAAUCGAAGAAAUUAAAUGGCACUGGUCUCCUGCAAAAAGCCAAUGCAUUUAAUAUAACCGCUGAUAAGAUUUUAUACGAUUAUGCUUUAGAUAUGUGUCAAGCAGCGGCCUUGGAUGAGCUGCUGAGCAAUACCAAAAAUUGUUUUGAGCGCUACAAUACCGCUCACAUUCUGCUACAUUCUUUGGUACAGAAAUGUAAUCAUCCACAAGAUAAAAUGCUUUUAAAUAAAUAUCGCGAUGCUGUGGAAAAACGCUUAAAUAUUCUACAACAACAAGGCUACAUUUAUGUGACCGAUGAAAAUUCGUAAAUGAUUCAACCCCGUAAAACGUAAAACGGAGACACAAAUUUAAUCCAAAUGCAUCAAAAUUUGAUUAUGUUUAAGAGAAACAGUAACAACAAGCAAAAUCCACAAUAAAAACAAGGAACAAAACAAAUAAACAAUACAAGAAACAGAAAUUUGAAAACGGAAUGAUGUAGUGGCAGAAGGAAAGAAAGGAUAAUUUCUGUAAUGUGUGAUUCAUUAUCAAACUGCAUAGACACCAUUAACUCUAACCAUUUAUUCACAACUAGUAGAACAUUUUAAUUUUUUUUAUAUAUAAAAAUACUAUACAAUUAUCAUUACUCGUAAACUAUCUAUUAUAAUUAUAAAAUAAUUAUGUUUGGCAAAAUUUGUUUCUAUCGAAAUUAGAGGCAAGAGAUGAGAAAACAAUGGAACAGUAUGUAAAUAUCAUUAGAUUUCAAUACCUAGAUUUCUUGAAAAAAAAAAGAAAUUCUCAAGUAUUUUUUCCUUAAAACAUUACAUAAUUGCCAAGGCAAAGGUUUGAAAGCUGGCAGAGGUAAACUGCAAAAAGUCUUCUUAGAAAUUGGUAAUUGUCCCCCUCCUGGUUUUCUAUUACAAUUUUCCCUGGAUAUGUAUUUAUUUAAUAAGUAUAAGAAAAAAAAAAGAGAUUUAGAAACUAGCAAGUCUUUCAUUAUUUAAUUUAGAAAAAAAAACAAACGAUGACUUUAAAGUUUGAAAACGGAAAAAAGUUUAAAAGAUAAACAUGCACAGCCCCCUAGGAAACCGUUCUAAAAAACUUCCCCCCAAAAAAACUGAAUAAAAUUAAACAUCAUUUGAGAUCUUGGCAUUAUGAAAAAAAGAAAUAACCCAAACAUAUGUCUCGAUAUCAAGCAAAGAUUUCAUUUUUAAAACUAUUUUCUAUUUUAUUGUUUUAUAUGUCCUUUUCUUUUUAAGUUUUUUUUUAUGUUUCCAUUACACACAUUUUCUCACACUUUUUUCUUCCUAUUAACUCUUUGAUAUAUAUUUUUUGUUUAUGUUAUUUAAGUGAAAUAUUUCUCAAAUUUUUAAUUUAUGUUGCAAUAUUUAAACAUAGUUUAUUGUAUUUUCAUUUUUAAUUGUUUUAAAUGUGUUUUUUUUAUGAAGAAAUAAAAAGAAAAGAUGAAAAGAAUUUCAUACUAUAUAAAAAAUGCUAGUGCAUAAUAUUAUUACAUAUACAUACAAACAUACAUAUGUAGAGAGAAGGAAAGUAACAACCAACCAACCAACUGAUUAAAACACAUAAAAAUUGAAAUAUAAAAAGAAACAACAAAAUAAAUAAAUAAAUCAUGAAUAUUAUUAUAAAAA